UAAAAUGAGUGACGGCAAUGAUGUGACAGAUAAAUCCUUCAUGGGAAUACUCACUAUUUUCCUCGCAAUAGCUAUUCUCGCAGCUUUUAUUGUAUUCCUGGUUCUGAAUAUGAGACACUGGAGAACGCAGACUUAUAAAAUCAGAGUUAUUCAAAGAAGAGCCGAAAUUAGAAGCAAGAAGAAGAAAAAGAAAGAUAAUGACUCUGUGGUUGUCAAAGAUGUAACAACCACUGAGUUCAAACAAUUUGUGCUAAAUGAAAUGAUCAAAAUAGUGGUCAAAAUGAACAGCCUACGCUUUACCACGGUCUACUGGGUCACUUGUGACAAAUACUUCCAUUAUGCUAUUUGGGUCUAUCUAGAGAUAGCCAAGUGCUUUAAGAGAUGACAGAAGAAGGAAGAGAUCUCUGAAGAGAGUGAGGAUGAAGUCCAUGCUAAGAACUUCAACCUUCUUAAACCUCUGAGUAGAUUCUAUCAUUUUAUAAACCUCACCGGGAUUGUAUGAAUUUGGCUUAUAGUCAAUCUGAUCAUAGCUGUGUUGGUGAAAUAUGAAAAGGCCAAUAAAGGAAUUUCUAUGUCAACUUUUAUGAUUGGACUCAUCCUGUCAACUGUUGCAGGGCACAUCUGAAUCAUGGUUAUUACUAAGACACUCCAUGUACUUUAUAUGAAGAACAUUGAAGAUGCCUUUUCUGAAAAGAAAUUAGAGGUGAAACUCCAGAAGAAGGUUGUAAAUGAUACUCAAAAGUCAGAGGCUGCUCCAAUGAUUGAUAAUGAAUAUAAGACUAACCAGAAUUUUGACACUAAGAAUUCACUGAAUAAGUGGGAAAUGACUAGUAAGAGCACAUCUUCAAAUAAAUUGGAUACUGCUAGAAACUUGUUAACAAAUAACUCUCGUCCAGGUAGCGCCUCUCAGAAAAGUAAUAAGGUCGCUCCGAUGCUCUCUGAGUCUGAUAUUGAGGAAUUUCAUGAACAGAAGACUUACAUUGGUGAUACAGAAGUUUUAACUGAUGAAUCUAAGAGAACAAACAGCGUGUGGAACACUACAAUUUUUAUGAUUUUGCUAGGAUUCAUUGCUUUCCUGACACUAUUUUGAUGCAUCUACACUUACCAUACAUACUCACAAUCGGUGAUACUGUCAUGUCUCUUAAUGGUAAUUCUCAGUUCUCUAGCUGAAGUGCUAAUAUUAAGACCUCUAACCUGUCUGAUUCUCACGCUGAUCACAAUGAUUAAAAGAAAAGUGAAAUCCAAGGAAAUCAUGAUGAGAGAAAUUGAUGAAGUCAAGGAAGAACUAGGUCUGAACAAGUCGAACUCCAAAGAUCACUCCAUAAGCAAGCAUCUUCAUGGUGCCAGUGAUGACCAGCUUGAUAAAAACAGUAAGAGCCAAGAGCUCGAUUUCGACCAAGAAAGUAAAGAGGAAAGAAAGUCUGAAGGUGAUAGCGAAGAGUCCAAGAUCGAAAACAAGCAUCAAGAAGAUGAGAUGAUGAAGAAUCUUAAGCAAGAAACAAUGCUUGAGAAAAUGAACAAACGCCCGCAAAGAGAGCAAAAGAGAGAAAGCAAAAGUGAAGCUGCCAAGAUCGCAAGGUAUAAUAUCAAGCUCCUUGAGAGCAUUUACCAAGCUUAUGAGCCUGAGAAAGCAGACAAUGUAGUAAGGGUAUUCCGUAAAGGAGGCGUCUUUAGCGUAGAGCCUAUUAUGGAAGAAGAUUUUGAGGAAAGUUUCGAUACUGCAAAUCAUGACCUUGAAUCUCUUGAAGCUUUGGGCUCAAAUGCCGCUCUGGCCGGUGGUGCUCUAGCAGCUGGAGCGCUAGGAGCAACAACACUUAUGUCGAAUAAAGAUGAUAAAGGCACUCUUGAUGACAUCAAGGAAGAAAAUUCUCGCUUAUUUGAAGAUACUGAUUAUAAAGGAGUUGGUCAUCAAAAAGGAGUUGACCAUCAAAAGGGAAUUGACCAUGAUAACUUGAACGAUUUAAUGGAAUUCUCAAAAGAAAAUGAAUCUGAGCAAACCGGGUAUGAUCUUGAAAAACAAAACAAAGAUGAUAAGUUUGAAUCCAUUGACGAAGGAUCUGACUUUAAUGCCCUAGCAGAUGGAGCAAUUGCUGCUGCUGCAGUUACACAAUUAAUGGAGGAAGGUAAAGAUGGAGAUAAACACAAAAAUCGAUAUGACGAAUCCUCAUCAGAAUUUGAGGAAGAAACUUACCUUGAUUUUGAAGGUAAAAAGCGGAAGAGAAGAAGGAGAAGAAGACGCAAGAAGAAUCCUAACUAUAACGCCAAACUCAAGCAGCUUGAAGAUAUCUACGACAACUCGAAAAACAAGAGAAAUAGGGGAGAUCUCACUACUAAAAGUAGGAUGGAUGUAUCAAGAACCACUUUUAACAAGCAUAUCCCAGUUGGGCUCAAUAGAGAUAUUACAAGAAAAAUGUCUGACUUUUUUUCUCCGCUAGGUAAUGGAUCGACUAAAGUUGCUAUGGUAAGAAUGGAAUCUAAGACAAGUACAAAUUGGAAUAAAAAGAAUGGAAUUAAGAAGAAAACAACAAUGACAAAGAAAUCAACAAGGAAGCUGUCUGAAAGCCCAACUGGACUUAAGACAGGAGAACCAUUGUUCAAGGCGAAGAUGACGAAUGCUGAAGCUCAUCGAAGGAAUAAUCUCAAGAAGGACAACUUCUUAAGAGCCUCUAUUAAUCAUGCUGGGCAAGAACAAGUUCAUAGUAAAGGAAGCGCAUCAAGCAGAGGAUUCGCCGAUAUCAGAAAGAAGUUGAAGAGAGGGAAUAGCACUCAUAGAAAGAGUAUGAACCAUCAUGACUUUGCCGUUGAGACCAAGAAAAUGCAAGAUGAGUUGAGGCAGACCAAGAGGAAGUUCCCUAAACGGAAAAUUUCGAAAGGAAAUGCAAUGAUCAGGCUCGAUGGUGAAUCUCCUUAUAUGGAAUAUCUUCCUGCCCGAUACAGAGAAUACAAGCCAAAAGAAAAGAAGUAUGUCAGACAGAAAAGCAAUGUCUCAAUGGGAAGCAUUGUGAGAAGACUUGGUGAAGCUUACAGCGAGAAUCGGAGCUUUGCUGGAGAAAGUAGGUCAGGUAGCAGAAAAAGCGGACGCCCUUCAAGAAAAGGAUCUCACAAUAAGUCCCUUCUUAGGAUGGGAACUUUCAGGUCUCAAAAAUCUGUAUCUUCUAAUGCAAAUUCUGUUAAAUCAGGUAGAUCGAGAUUAGGAAAAAGAAAGCCCAAGAAGAGUCAAUCGAGCAAUGAUGAUUCUUUCCUUCAAAUGGCUAACCUUGUAAAGCAAAGGGUACUCAAAAAUAAAGAUAUAUAA